UCAACUUGAUAACAUCUCCUACUCGGGUACGAUUUGGUCUUUUCAUGAACGACGCCGUAGGAUUACCUCAACUACCCAUCGAAAUCCAACAAGCAAUAAAGUCAUGGUCGGUUUGCACUUUUCGGGAUUUUGCGAAAGAAUUGGGCGAAUUUUUACCUAAUUUGAGCACUGAGAUAUUUCCAGAGCUGAAAGAAUUUCAAUAUUUUUGUAAAAAUCAUACAUUUCGGAGUUUCAAUUUCCAAGACUUGAUUUACAGUUUCUCACGCUUGACGCAUAUCAACCUUGUUGACCACAAUGCCCGUCUGGAGACGCGUCAUUCAUCCGAAGCUUUAGCGACCAUAGAAGAUCCGGAUAUGCAAAACAUCAUUCAGAAACUUCCGGGGCUAAUUUCUCUCCAAAUUAUUGGAAACAUGACCUUUCUCACGGAUCAGGGAUUAACUGGAUGCAGUGGCGAGGCGUGUCAGAGGAUGCUCAAGUCGAGGGAGUUUGUCGUCAGUGAAGAUAAGGUUGGCGUUCCCUUGUCGCAUUUGCAAGAUCUGAAGUCAUUGGUCCUGCGUGGGCUUGGAAUUAAGGUGACCGACGUCUCGGCUCGACUUGCUUUUCAGAGAAUGCCAUUCUUGACGAAAUUGCACCUCUGUGGAGCUCAUCAGGUUUCGAGUGAAGCUAGAGUUGCCUUGACUCAAAUGUACAAUGUCACGAGGGGGUGUGAUGUCCAAUUUUAAAAACGAG